AUGGCGUCUUCCUGUCUCCAGGAAAUUUCUCGCGCCUCAGGCUCAGGCGGCGGCGGCGGCCCAGGAGGGAAGGAACCCGAGUCUUUCUGCUGUCAACUCGCUACUUCCACUCCCAUCACUCACCCGGAGGAAUUCGCCAAUCUUCUCGAUCUCAUCGUCAAUCAAUCCAAGGAAAACCAUCCUGCCGCUGGCAUUGUCUUCGCAUUUCUCAACUUUUCGAAGAGCAGCUGCCUAUUUCCCCUCGCCUGCCUCGUCCACUUCUUCGAGGCAUUCGUCCCUCAACCGAUCAUCACCUACCUUACGAGCGACUCUUGCCUCAGUGUCGCAAAGAGCAUUGAUACUAUCCUCAUGGAGGCCAAGACGUCAGAUCAGGGCCUCUACAAGGGCACAAAGCCCAGCUGCUUUCCAUCGACCGGCAGAAACCACUUCCUGCGUCUGAUGAACGCGUCUGGCCCUGCGGACAAGAGCGCAGCUGGUGCAAUCCGCAGAGGCCUCCCCGAACUCGACUACAUCCUCUUUCAAGAAGACCUUCCUUCCUACUUCGAACGCGCUAAGCGCUACGACAGCUUGCCUGGCGACCCGGUCAACUACCUGUUCGCGGCUCUGCCGCAAAUCGAGGAAGACGACGCAGGCUUCAAGGGAAGCAGCAAGUCUGCCGCUUACAACCGCCGCUUCGUCCUUGCCCUCUGGCCCUAUGCCAACUCCAGCGUCGAGGAUAUCAUCACCAAGUCCGAGGACAAGGCUGCCUCUGACUAUUGGUGGGCCGCGCGCUUCGCCUUCUCGCUCUGGGAUCGAUCCGACUUAUCAAUCCGGUGCGCUUUCACCCAGCUUCUUGGUGAGAUCGCCUUGUACCAUAACUCUGAGAUUGUCGGGAACCCUGCCCCUGUCAAGCCUAAUCACCUUUGCGAAGCUACCGAUGGUGGCCCCUGUCCCGGAAAGGCGUACGUUCAGAAGCACAAGUGGUUGAAGUACACGCGCUGGAUUCAUCGUGGACGAAAGGACGAGGAUGCCGAUAUCAAGGUUCGUCUGAACCAGAAGUGUGAUCUGAACGAGCUCUUAAGCAUCGAGAAGUGUGUCACCUGCGGUCACGAACGCCAGGUCUCUCGCUGUGGUGCGAAGAAGCCCAUGGUCCACUGCAGUGGCUGCUACGUCGAGUGGUUCCCGCACCUUCGCCGAACUUACUGCGGCCCGAAGUGCCAGAAGAAGGACUGGAAGACGCACAUUGAGGAAUGCCAGCGUCACAAGCACUUCAUCCGAGCCGUCUGGAUUCUGAAGGGCAUCGCGGACAAGUUCAUGGCCGCGACCUUCUCUGGCCAGGCCGUUGAUAUUUCCCCCAUCGAGGUCCGUGACAACAAGACCAAGGCGCUCGACCGCCAGGGCGUUCCGCGCUUCGCCGUCGCCCCGGCUGCCUGUGCCAUUGGACCCUGGGUGGGUGAACAGAUGUUUCCCCUCGGCAAGUCGCAUUUGGCGGAUAAGAGCCAUGAGGAUCGCGCGAGAGCGCUGGCUUGGGAUGCCGGUGACAACCUCUACUACCAUCUUCAGAUCAUCAUUCGCCAAAUAAUCACGCCGCUCUGUGAUGAUGUGGUUGAGAUGCAGAUGUUCUUGCGGAAUGCCAACAGCAUUACCUCUCUUGCCGCUGAUCGAUGCCGCGAAGGCCCCGCCGUCCACACUGCCAAGGGCAAGGACCCGAUGUUCUGGCCUCAUCCCAUUCUCAAUUGCAAACUGAAGGGAAGCGAAGACCUGUUCAUCAUCGACCUGCUUGGAGCCAAGUUUGGCUUCAACGAGAUCCUUCUUCCGGGUGAAGUAUGGGUCAAGUCUAGACUUGCGUACUGCGUUGGCUCGACGGUUCUGACGAACAUGACGCCUCACUGGUUUCCCCGCGAGCAGCAAGGUCUCGUAUCUUGCCGUGACGAGGUCGCAUACACUUGGAAAUCGUGUAUCAAGACAUAUAUCGCCACCAAGUGGCCCAAUAUCCGCGGGCCCUUUGCCUUGUCACAUCUGAAGGAGCAGCUGUUCAGGGAGAGGACAUACAUGUUUAUGGUCCACUCGGACGACAUCUUCAGGGAGGCCACCAACCGUCUGCGCGAAGAGGGACUUUACCGGCAGUACCUCGUCCACGACCCGAACCCGUACUCUCACGAGUUUACCAUUGGCGUCACCAACUGCCAGAUGGAGUGCGAUGUCUACGAGAAGAUUUGGAUGGAUCGGCGUGUGUUCGACGUCAUCGUCAAGGGUGAGCUCAGCGAGCAAAACCAGCUGCUGCCCGCCGGUUCUGAGACCAUCCGCCUCGUCGCGCUUUGGGUCGACCGCUUGAUCAAGCACGGUCAGAAGGUCAAGUUUGACUCGGUCGGACUCCUUGGUCCUCGCAUGGCCAAGCACUACAACAUUUGCACGACGCACUCGUUGGACGAGCUUCGCGAGAUUUCCAUGCCCUGGCUCCUGUGGCAUGGCAUCUCCAAGGAUUCGUCCCAGAAGUUCUUCGAGCAGUGCAAGGGUAUCGUCACCGACUACAUGAAGUCGAGUGCGGCGGCGCCCGAUCAGCUGCUCAGUAACAUGGCGUCAUCUGACAGCCUCACCAAGUACCUGCAGACCUUGUCGAUGGAGGAUGCGCAAGAAUUCUUGGAGAUCGGAGCCAUGAUAAAAUCCCCCCAUAACGCUGCGUCAAUCAAGCAGCUGCAGAAGGAACUUGCAGAGGGGGCUGGUGACAAGAAGUGA